ACAGUCCGAGGAAGAGAGAGAGAGAGAGAGAGAGAGAGAGAGAGCGAGCAUCGGAUGGCCGGCAUCAGAUCGCCGCCGGAGGACCCCGAGCCGCCGCCGCCCCAGCCGGCCCGGCCCGGCCCGGCGUCGGUCGAUCUCGUGUCCGACGACGACCGCUCGGUGGCGGCGGACUCCUGGUCGAUCAAGAGCGAGUACGGCAGCACCCUCGAUGACGACCAGCGCCACGCCGACGCCGCCGAGGCCCUCCUCACCUCCGGCAACUUCCGCGCCGCCGCCUCCGAUUACAGUUCGGACAAGGAAGAACCCGAUGCUGAUGGGGUAAGCUCAAUGCUUGGUCUUCAGAGCUAUUGGGAUGCUGCGUAUGCAGAUGAAUUGACGAACUUCCGUGAGCAUGGUCAUGUGGGUGAAGUUUGGUUUGGUGCAGAUGUUAUGGAUGUAGUAGUUACUUGGACCACAAAUCUCUGCAUUCAAAUUGCCCAAGGUCACUUGCCAACUGAUGCUGAUGAUGUCAAAUAUGAAUCCGCUGAAGAAGGAGAUAAACAUUUAUGUGGCUGGAGCGUACUUGACAUAGGAACAGGCAACGGUUUGCUUCUUCAGGAGCUUGCUAAGCAGGGGUUUUCUGACUUGACUGGAGUUGAUUAUAGUGACGGGGCAAUUGACCUAGCUCGGAGGUUGGCUGUUCGGGAUGGAUUUCCCAAUAUUAAAUUUUUGGUUGAUGAUAUUCUUGAAACAAAGCUGGAUCAGCAGUUUCAGCUUGUCGUGGACAAAGGCACACUAGAUGCCAUUGGAUUGCAUCCUGAUGGCAAUAUUAAAAGGAUUAUGUACUGGGAUUCUGUUUCAAGAUUGGUGGCUCCUGGUGGGUUGUUGGUCAUCACCUCGUGUAACAGCACCAAAGAUGAACUGGUCCGAGAAGUGGAGAACUAUAAUCAAAGGGGAGGUCGUCAACUGUUGGAACUAGAGGCAAAGGACAAUGACACGUGCAGAGAUCCUCCCUUUAGAUACAUCAACCAUGUUCGCUCGUAUCAGACCUUCAUGUUUGGUGGGUCAGUCGGGUCACGCGUCGCCACAGUUGCGUUUCUCCGGAACUAGGAAUCCACUCUUGCAAUUGUUUCCCCCAAGAUAUCUUUCUUUGUCCAUUAUAGCAUCGUCAAAACAACUCAUGUUUCUUGAAAACCCGAACGAUCUAGUGAAAGGCUAGAAGUUUUUGCUGCAUUUACUGGACUUGCAGAUGCCGGAGGAAUACAGAAUUUCAUGUAAA